AAGCACACAAACCUAUCGACAAAACAAAGUCAAAACUGUCAGAGGAGUCAUUUUAAUUCAUUUUAUGGUCUAAUAAAUUUGAUUAAAUUCACUGAAUGAAAUAAAUUACAAAUUAAUAAUUAUGCCAGACUGUUUAGUUUUGUCUAUGAUUGUGUAAUUGUGUUAGUGGUUUAAAAACUUUAAAUAGGGAUUAAAGUCAUAUGUACCUACUUUACCAAAAUAAAAUUUAGCAGUUAGUAGACUAUACCUAUCUACAUUUUAAUGCUUAGGGUUAACUUUGUUCUUACAUAAAGUUAAAGCCAAACUUUCUAUAGAAUCUUACGAAAAUGAUUGACAAAAACAACAGAACCUUGUGGUGCGGUAAUCUUCCAGAACAAAUAACAGAAGAAUUGCUUUACGAAUUGUUCUUGCAGGCUGGUCCAUUGGAGAAAGUGAGGAUAGCUAAGGACCGCGAUGGCCGUCAACGCAAUUUCGCUUUUAUAACCUUCUGUCACGAAGUAUCGGUGCCAUAUGCGAUAUUACUCUUCCGCGGGACAACUUUGUUUAACAGAACUAUUUCUCUACAAUGCCGGAGUCGCAUGGCAAUAUUACCGCCUCCUUUAAGAUGUUACGGGCCAGAAUUUCAAAAUCACCCUCCUGAGACAUAUUUGGUUGAACCACCACCUAAUAUUGCACAGCAGUUUGCGCAUAUGACAAAUAAUUUGAUGGAGGAAGAGGUCAAUUUUGUACAUAGUCCUAAUAAUUUCAAUGACUUGUCAAUAGCCAGUCUUCAAGGCAAUUGGUCUCAUAGACAUCAUCCUUACCCAACACAGGAAUAUUACUCUCGAGAUAACUUUAGACCUAGGGAAUCUGAACAUUAUAAUAGGAGCAAGCACAGUAAUAAUUGGAGAGACAGGAAGUCUAAAAGAAAUGGAAAUCAUAGGAGAGAUUGAGUGCAUUCCUUUAAAAAUAAAUGUACACAUACAGGGCGUAAACAGACCAAGCUGGGAAACAAAGCAAGAAUAAAUCACUAUCUAAAUAAAAAUUUAGAUAAACAUAAAUGUGCCUGUUUUGAGAUUGUUCAUAUUUUUUGAACAACAAAUAUGAUUCGCUUAGUGUCAUCAUAAUAGAAUAGAUUUUUCUGUCUCAUCUUAUUUUUUUGCAAAAGCUUACAUCAUGUAUAAAACUUCUGUUCAUAUUUUUUGAACCACAAAUAUGAUGCAUUUAGCGUCAUCAUAAUAGAACUGAUUUUACUAUGUCUCAUCUUAUUUUUUUGCAAAAGUUUACAUCCUGUAUAAAACUUCAUAUGUAACAGGAAAGGUUAAUAGUCCCUAUAACUUAAUUAUAGGAUGCUUUCAUUUACUGAAAAAUUAUGCAAUAUUAAUUGUAAUGUAAAUAAGAAAUUCACAACUGUCUUUAGAACUAAACUGUAUGGAGUAUUUUAUUGUAUAACUAAAUUGUUUAGGUAAUAAUUGCAUAUUGAAGUGCAUAAAUUAAUGUGUUUUUAACUCGAAAAUACCUUAUUGUGCCAUUGAUACAGCACAAAUGCAAUUAUAUAUAGGGAAUAAGAAAAUUAUAAAGAUCGACAGGUGCUAGGAAAAACAUUGUAACUCAUACUUAGCUAAAACUGAGUUACCAUGUUAUUCCUUGCACACAUUGAUAUAAUUAAAAAAGGCCUUUUAAAUAUAGUUUUAUUAGAAAAAUAAAAGUUUAAAUAACAUAUUUAGUUCAAAUAUGAGAAUCAUAGAUGUUCAUUCAAAAUUAACUCUGCAUGUUCUAAGAAAUGUUUGAAACCUUCCUGAAAAAACCAAAACAAUAUAAUACAAACAAGUAUAUUUCAUUGAAAAAAAUCUGUAUAUGCAACUAAAAUUAUGUUGUUGUAAUAGCAUCUUAAAUAAUGAAAACGGAUGAUUAAUAUAAAUUGAUAAAUUGUGCAUAAUAUUGGAAUUCAAUAGCUGUAAAUUGCAAAAAAAAUUAGCUUGGAGCAACUAUAGUAAUUCAAUAAAAGAAGUCUUUAAAUGAAGUUCUAUUGCAUGAGCAUGUUAAUAAAGUUUUUAAUAAAU